AUGGGAGACGCAGAGGCGCUUCAGAAGGACAAUAAAAAGAGUUCCGCGGAGGUGAUUGCAGACAAAGCACUUUCAAGCGGGGCAAAUCUUAUAAAGCUGCUUCCCACCACAACUGUUCUAGCUUUUCAAUUAUUAUCUCCAAGUUUUACCAAUGGAGACCAUUGUUAUACUGCUAAUCGAUAUCUUACCUCCUUUCUGUUGGGCUUGUGUGGGAUUUCCUGCUUUGUUGCGUCCUUCACAGACAGCUAUCUGUCGGCCGAUGGGACGCUUUACUAUGGCUUCGCCACAACAACAGGGCUCUGGAUUUUGAAUGGGAGAAUUGAUAAGACUACUUUGGAUUUGUCUUCGUACAAGCUGAGGUUUAUAGACUUUGUUCAUGCUUCUUUGUCGAUGGCAGUGUUUGGAUGUUUGAGUUUGAUGGAUAAAAACGUUGUGAAUUGUUAUUAUGAGAAUGCUCAAGACAACGCAGAGCAGUUAUUGAAGAAUGUUCCACUUGGAAUGGGUUUUGCUUGCAGUCUCUUCUUUGUAAUCUUUCCUACUGUGCGCCAUGGAAUCGGGUAUCCUGCUGGAGGUUAA